UGUUUUCAAAAUGGAGAGAAAUGCGCGUCAUAGUGAGCGUGUUGAUUCAUUUUGUUGAUCGUGAUUAAAAAUAAGCCAAAGGCAUGAAGUCAGACGCCGAGGAGUUGAUGCCCAGACUCCUGCCAGUGGAUUCCUGCGACACAGAGGACUAUAAUCUAACCGAGCCGCCCAGAAACCCUCAGGAAUAUCUCAGAUUUGUCCAGAGGGAAGCAUCUCUUUGCCCAGAUGUCGUUGUGGCACAAAUUGAUCCAAAGAAGCUGAAGAAACAGUCAGUGAAUGUGUCUAUCACAGGUUGUCUUGCUGCACCUGAGGGCUUUUCACCCAGCUUUAAAUGGCAGCAGCAACAAGUCAGCAGAUUUUCAGAAGUCAGACAGAGUGUGAACAAGCAUCGUCAACAUUGGAAAGCUCAGUUUUUGGAUGAUAAUGUUGUCAUGCCUAAAACUGAGGAUGAAGAUGGAUGGAAAAGGUUUUGCUUGGGUGAGAAUGUUUGUCUUGAGAUUCAGCUGAAAGAAGAAGACAGUGUAAAUCCGGGACUCGAUUAUGUCAAGACCGGUUUCCCACCUUUCCUGAGUAUUGUCAGCAAACUAAGCCAGUCAACCGUCUCUGCUGUGCUUGAGUAUUUAAUUAAUUGGUUUGAAGAGAGAGACUUUGUUCCACAGUUGGGCAGAUGGCUAUAUGCAUUACUAGCUUGCCUUGAGAAACCAUUGCUUCCUGAAGCUCAUUCCCUUAUCAGACAGUUGGCAAGACGGUGCUCAGCAGUGCGUGCCAAUCUGGAGAGCAAAGAUGAUGAUCGUUUGUCAGCUCUUAACUUGAUGAUCUGUAUUGUUGCCAGGUAUUUCGAGCAGAAUGAUUUGGCUGACAAAGAGUGAAGCAGGUCUUGGAAACAGAUGGAAGAAACUUUGCGAGGAACUUUUGUAAGAGAUUUUGUAAAAUAUAGACUAUACAGUGACUUUGCCAAUAGUUCAAUGUAAAAUAAAGUAAGCCAGCUGUAAUGGAAAUUAUGUCUCACGUUAAACAUUGAGAAAACAUUUGUCAAAUAAAACUGGCUUCUUGGUAUUAAA